CUGCAGACCGACCAACAGCCUCUGCAACGAUGAUACGGUACGAAAAGUACAGCAACCAGUACACCGAUCGGAUCGAUUGCCCGGGCACGGAGAAGCACUACCGGUUGACGCGUGCCGACCAGUGGUGCAUCAUGAUCGAGAAGUUCCUGCCGCUGGUAAGCCCCAUCCAGCAGAUGGCCGUCUACGAGGACGAUGUGUGGGUCAUCACGUACCCCAAGUGUGGCACCACCUGGACCCAGGAAAUGGUUUGGCUGCUGAACAACGGGCUCGAUUAUGCGCGCGCAGGCAAGCUAACGCUCGAGGAACGCUUCCCUUUUCUGGAGCUCUCCGGUGCCCUUUCGCUAAUGGAUGGUGAUUCGGUCGGUCGGGUGCAAGAUUUACCCCGCCCGCGCCACAUUAAGUGCCAUCUGCCGGUGAUGCUACUCCCGGACGCGAUUCGUACGGUGCGGCCGAAAAUUAUCUACGUCUCGCGCAACCCGAAGGAUGCGGCCACCUCCUUCUACCAUCACUAUCGCAACAUCGUGGGCUAUGACGGUCCGAGGGAGCACUUUUUUGACGCCUUUCUUAACGAUAGUCUCAUCUACGCACCGUUCAGUGAGCAUGUGCGGUCGUACUGGGAAUGGAGCAAGCAGCCGGCUGGUUCGAACUGUCUCUUCCUAACGUACGAACAGAUGAAGCGCGACUUGCGGGCAGUGAUUGGGCGGGUUAGCAGCUUCCUGGGCAAGCGGUACACCGAGCGCGAGGUGGACGAGCUGGAAAAGCAUCUUUCCGUGGAGUCGAUGAGAAACAACAAAUCGUGCAACAUGGACGAUCUGCUGGAAUGGGCCAGGAACACCACCCACAGUGAGGAGCGUAAGCAGCUCUCGAAAACGAACUUCCAGUUCAUACGCAGCGGUACGGUUGGUUCCUACCGCCACGACAUGGACGAUGACUACAUCCAACGCUUCGAGGAGUACGAAAGGGCCGCCACCGAGGGCACGGAUUUUGAUUUUUUCUUCUAAAAUAGAUGCAGUAAUAAACCCGCUACAAGUUUGUCGCA